GAAGGCGGUCAGUUGCUUCGCUAUUUAGCCUACCGACAAGUGAGUCAAAAAAUAUAGCCGUAACCCUUUAUCAGUUUGAUGGUGAACAGAAGAAAAAUGAAGGUCGUCGCCGUGCUUCUACUAGGGCUAUGUUGCUUCCACCAAACAUCUGGAGACACUCACUCCAUGAAGUACAUUCUCACCGGAGUGAAAGGGAUUUCUGAAAUACCUGAGUACACAUCAGUUGGCCUAGUGGAUGAUAUGCCAUUUGUGUACUUUGAUAGCAAUAUCAACAGAAUGAUCCCUAAAACUAAGUGGAUUGAAGAGAAUGAGGGAAAGGAUUACUGGGACAGUGAAAGUCAGAGGGAGGGUGGUUUUGUUCCAACAUAUAAAGCCAGUAUACAAAUUCUGAUGGAACGCUUCAACCAGUCCACAGGUGUGCACACUUGGCAGAGGAUGUACGGCUGUCAGUGGGAUGAUAAGAGUGGUGCUACAGAUGGGUUUGAUCAGUGGGGUUAUGAUGGAGAAGACUUUGUCAUUCUGGAUCUGAAGAACCUGCAGGUCAUUGCCACAACACCAGAGAGUGUCAUCACAAAGCACAAGUGGGAGAACAACAGAGGUUGGAUUGAGACUGAGAGGAACUACUUCACCACCUUGUGCCUUGAUUGGCUGAAGAAGUAUGUGCAGUAUGGAAGCAGCACUCUGGAGAGGAAAGUGCGCCCAGAGGUCACUCUCCUCCAAAAGGACUCUAGAGUUGUGUGCCAUGCUACAGGCUUUUACCCUGAGGGUGUGAUGAUCACCUGGAAGAAAGAUGGAGAGGAGAUGCAUGAGGAUGUGGAUGUGGGGGAGACACUGACCAAUGAGGAUGGAACCUUCCAGAAGAGAGCUGUGCUCACUGUGUCACCUGAAGAGUUCAAGAACAGGAAGUACACCUGUGAGGUGGCCCACAAGAGUGGAGAGACCCUCAUUGUGGAUAAAAUUGAGAUACAGCGCAGCAACCCAGACUCCUCUGUUCCUAUUGGUACCAUCAUUGGUGUGGUUGUGCCCAUUGCCUUGAUUGCCAUCGUUGCCGUGGUUUUGAUUCUGAGAAAGAUAAGGAAUGCUGAUAAUAAGGCUGGCUUUAGUCGUGCUAACGCUGAGGACAGCUCCCAGGCCUCGAGUGAAAAAGCAUAAGGAUCCAAAUUGCUGGAGGUGAAGGGAAGAUGGCAAAAGUGUCAAAUGUUUUUGACCUCAUAGUAUGAGGAGCUAAGAGCCACAGAGAUUGGGUUUCUAUGACAUUAAAGUCAACCAAAUAAUUAUGUGGGAACUGCUGAUCAACAUCCAAAUCUUAAAAACAAUUAAACAAAACCUGCUGGACAGUUGCUAUACAAAUAGCUACCAGAAUUUAUAUUACCAUUUACUUUGCUAUACUGUACUUCCGAGUGGGAUGUGGUUAGAAAAAAAAUAUUGGUGUGUAAAUUAAGUUCUUUGGAUGGUAUGUAUUGAUCUUUAAUGUGAAAAGGUUUUCUGUAAGUUAGUUUAAUAUACACUGAUUAAAAUAAAAGAUAUGUUGGGUGCUUUUCCUUAUUCUAUUCCUGUAUUAGUAGUUCAACGUUCUAGAGUUUGGGAAUGUAAAUUUAAGUUUUUGCUAUGUGAUUUAAGUUUCCAAUCAACAGCAUGAAUGCAUUGUGUGAAUUCAUCGUGUCAAGCUAAUGGUUCAUGUGCUUUUUGGAAUCUUUGCUUUUAUUAUUAUUAUAUGUUUUAUUAAGGUCUUAUAUGACAUCACACAUUACUAUAGAAAUUGUCACAGUUUUUUCAUAGUAUGGGACAUUUUCAGGGGUUUCUGUUUGACUCAUGUUCAUGUGAUUUGUUCACUUAGGCUAUUUGAUUUGAAGGUAAUAAAAAAUAAUAUUAGAGAGACCACCA